GAAACACAGGCAAACGAGAAGAUCUGCAACCAGAGAGUGAGACCGGAUCGGACGGAAAUGGAGAGAGCAACAGCGGACCCUCACUUCCUGCUGCUUCCAUGGCAAGGAGCCAUCAGCCACAUCAUCCCCAUGACCGACAUCGGCCGCCUCCUCGCCUCCCACGGCGCGGCGGUCACCAUCAUCACGACGCCCGCCAACGCGCUGCUCGUGCAGAGCCGCGUGGAAGACCUCGCCGCGGCACUGCACCGUCCGCACGGGCACGGCGCGGCAGGGACGAUCACGGUCACCGCGAUCCCGUUCCCAGCGGCGGAGGCCGGCCUGCCUGAGGGCAGCGAGAGGCUCGACCUCCUCCGGUCCCCAGCCGACGUGCCACGCUUCUUCCACGCCAACAGACUGUUCGGCGAGGCGGUGGCGCGCUACUUCCGCGGCGAGGCUCUGCCGCCGCGCCGCCGCCCGAGCUGCGUCGUCGCCGGGAUGUGCCACGCGUGGGCGCUCGGCCUAGCGCGCGAGCUUCGCGCGCCGUGCUACAUCUUCCACGGGUUCGGCGCGUUCGCCCUGCUCUGCGUCGAGUACCUCUACAAGCACAGGCCGCACGAGGCGGUUUCGUCGGCAGACGAGCUCUUCAGCAUCCCGGCCCUGCCGGCGUUUGACUGCAGGGUCUCGCGCGCGCAGCUGCCGCAGCAUUUCGCGCCAUCCACUUCCAUGGGCGGCGGGACGCUACAGGAGAUACGGGAGUUCGACGUGGCAGUGGACGGCGUCGUGGUGAACAGCUUCGAGGAGCUCGAGCACGGCUCCUGCGAGCUUCUCGCGGCAGCGACCGGCAAGACCGUCGUCGCCGUCGGCCCCGUCUCGCUGUGCCAUCAACAUCCCAUGACAAUGACAGACGACGGCGGCGGCGGCGACAGGCGGGUCCUGGAGUGGCUGGACACCAAGGAGACCAAGUCUGUGGUGUACGUCAGCUUCGGCAGUGCCGGGUGCAUGCCACCCGCGCAGGUCGUGCAGCUAGGCAUGGCUCUAGCGUCGUGCGCCUGGCCUGUUGUCUGGGUGCUCAAGGGCGCCGACUCCAUGCCCGACGACGUCAAGGAGUGGUUGCGUGAGAGCUUGGACGACAAGCAGUGCUUGCUGGUGCGAGGCUGGGCUCCCCAGGUCGCCAUCCUUGCUCACCGCGCCGUCGGCGGCUUCCUCACGCACUGCGGGUGGGGCUCGACUCUGGAGGCCAUUGCCGCCGGCAUGCCCAUGGCCACCUGGCCGCUCUUCGCCGAGCAGUUUAUCAAUGAAAGGCUCGUCGUGGACCUGCUUGGUGUUGGGGUGUCUGUAGGCGUGACAAAGCCAACAGAAAACAUCCUCACUGCCAGCAAGCUCGGAGCGGAUGUCGAGGCGGAGGUGGGUAUGGAACAAGUGGCGAAGGCCUUGGAGAGGCUGAUGGAUCAGGGUAGCCAAGGGGAACACAGGAGGAGGAAGGCUCAGGAGCUCAAGGCCAAGGCAACUGGAGCAUUGCAGGAUGGCGGAUCAUCCUACAUGAAUUUGGAGAAGCUGAUAGUCCAAUCUUCGGUUUCGAGACCGAAUACAUGUGGCGUUUAAUUAGUACAGUAUUAUAUUUGCUGAAUAACGUACAUAGCUGGUGCUCAUCCAUGUCAUGAGUGACUCACAAAUAAUCAAAUUCAAUUUGUUUGAUGUCUUCGUGUGAACAUAUGAUUGGCAUUUAAUU